AUGUCCGAGAGGCAGGAGCCGACGGCUGGCUCCAAGAGCCAGCUCAAGAAGCAGGCAAAGAUGCUGCACAAGCAGCAGGCCAAGGCGGAGCAUGCCGCCAGAGGGCACAGCGCGAUGCUGCACGAGGCGCGGCGGCUCCGCGAGCGGCUGAACAGCGACGCGGCCAACGCGGUUCCGGACGCCGCCCUCUACCCGCAGCUUCCCCGCGCCUCCGCGUGCGAGCUCUUUGAGGCCGUCGGCGACGAGCUGCUCCAGCGCACCGCCCUCCUGCAGCGGCCCGACGGCGAGGAGGACGGCGCCGAGGAGGACGCGGCCUCGGCGCAGGCGCGGUCGUGCCGGGUGAUCGAGAAGUUCCUGUGGCGCGCGCAAAAGUACAACGACAAGUACGCCAGCCAGGAGCUCAGCCUUCUCUACCAACUCUACCGGCUCGGCGCGCACGACGGCUGCGACCUCGUCGUCGACAUCGGCGGAGGCAACGCAAACCUGAGCUGCCUGAUCGCCCUGGUGUUUAACGUGCCCGUCAUCUGCGUCGAGAUGGACUCGCCGCGCCCCGAACUGCGGGGCGAGUUCUGGCUGCCGCCGCACCUCAAGGCGGCGAGGGCGGCCCGGCGGGCGGCGAGGGCGGUCCGGCGGGUGGAGGCGCUCAUCCAAGACUACAGCCUGCCGGAGGGGUACAGCAACGUCCUCGUGCUCGGCAAGCACCUCUGCGGGCCCGGCACCGACGCCGGGAUCGACUUCGUGCGGAGACACCUCGGCGUGGUGCGCGGCUGCGUCUUUGCGACCUGCUGCUGCUGCAAGCUGGUCGGCGCGCCCGGCGCCGGCAGCGGCGGGUCGCACCUCUUCGCAGACCUCUACUUUGGGCCGGCGGCGGCGGCGGCGCAGGCCGGCGAGGUGUGCGAGCCGUGCGAGCCGUGCGGGCCGGCCGAGGUGGGGCCGGCGGCGGCUGCGCCAGCCGAUUCGCCGGUGGCUGCGCCAGCGGGGUCGGGCGGGGAGCGGUUGGUCGACCGGGAGGCUGCGCGCGCGAGCGAGGAGGCGCUGGGCCGAAAGCAGAGCGCGCGAGCCAAGGAGGCGGCGCGGCUCGCCGCUGCGAAGGACGAGGCGCGCGCCGCGGGCAAGCAGCUCUGCCGCCGCUUCCUCCGGUACGGCAGCUGCGAGGACGGGGGCGCGUGCCGCUUCCACCAUUGCGCCGCGGCGCCGCAGGGCGUGGAGGAGGACGGCUUCGGCUCCCUCUUUAGCAAGUACCGUUUCCCGGCGGCGGAGGCGGAGGCGGAGGCGGAGGCGCCGGCCGCCUUCCUGCGGCGCGUGCUCCCCGCCGUCGCGCGUGCAACCUCGUGGCGGAACGCGGUCUUCAACCCGAAGCACCGCGGCUCGACCGCCUACUCGGACCUGCUCGAGCAGGCCGAGUUCUUCGAGUCGUGGAUCCAGGGCUUCCGCCGCCGCCGGCUGCGCGAGCUCUUCGGCGCGCGGGCUGCUCGAGCAGCCCCGCCCCGGCGGCGGGCGGAUUCACGGCGGGCGCGGGCGGACGGCGGGCACGAGGCCUUCCUCCGGCUGCUCGAGGCGCAGUUUGUCAAGCACGGAGCCUCGCUGCCGAUGGACUUGCGCGUGCGCGGGAUCGUGAGCGCAAAGUUCGGCUACGACGGCAGCGCGCUGCCGUGGGACCCGUCGGUGGAGCUGGAGCAGGAGGGCGGUUGA